AACUUAGUUGCCCGAAUCCAUUUUUCUGGCUAAUACGGAAAUACGCGAGUCGUCGACCUGAAGUGGCCCUCAAACGAUCAUGAAAUCAACGGCAGCGGGAGUAGCCUUGCUACUUCUUGUGCUAAAUCACUCAAGUGAUGCUUUCGUCCACAACUGGCAUUCGGGCCCCAUCAACUGCCACGAGUGUGCUAGCCUCGAGGAGUGUUCCUUGGGAUCCGGAGCCCUCCGAAAAUGUCUGAGUAACGAUGGCCAAAGUUGUGUGGCCAUUUUCGACAGCAAUGGAGCUGUGAUCCAAAGAGGAUGCAGCGAUAGUUUGGAAUCAGUUUGCACGGCAAGUGGGGAUAACUGCUACGAGUGCCGAUCGCACGGCUGCAAUUCGCUGAAAACCAAUAAGGAUUUCGUUGAGUGCGUAGUCUGUGAUGCCCAGACCGAUGAUAAUUGUGUGUUCGACAUCGAACUUGUGACUGAGAAAAGAAAGUGCAACGAACGUUGUGUCACGGCGCUUUAUGCCACCAAUAGCGAAGUGGGUGCUCCCCUGGAAUUGGUUCGCAGUUGCUUGGAUGACUUGGACCUGGAUGAUCAGGAGGCCUGCAUCGAUGGAUCGCUCGAUAAUUGUGUAGCCUGCAAUUCCGCGGGUUGUAAUACCGUGGACUUGGGUGUUCGGGGCAGCUGUAAUUACUGCAAAGGAGAUUGCAGUAGUCCGCAGUCCAAAACCUGCCGAGCUGUGCCAUCGGGAGAUAACCAAGAGAGCUGCUUUAUCGAAUUCGAUAGUGCUGGAACAAUCUACGAAAUGGGCUGCCUGAGUCAAUAUAAUGUUAGUGACGUCACCCUAAUGGAAACCAACAAGCAAUUGUGGUAUUGCACUGGUGACAAUUGCAAUGUUGAAUCUGCCCUGGCCAAACCCCAAACCUGCACAUUGUGCAGUUCUCGUACGGAAGAUGAUUGUGCUGUGGCUCCCGGAAAUGUCGAUACGAGUACUGUGUGCGAAAGUCUUGUAAACUCCGACUGCUAUUCGCGGAUCCUGGAUAAUGGACACACGGACAGGGGUUGCCUGACCAGCUUGGAGGGCGAGGACUACCUGGAGUGCCUGAAGGAUACCAACAGCACCAAGUGCUCCAGGUGCACUGGGGCUAAAUGCAACCAGGAGCUGCAACCCAGUGAGCGUUUGAGCUGCCAAAUCUGCGAUUCCAGCGAGGAUGCAUCCUGCGAGGGAACGCCCACUGCCCCUGCCCUCUGCCUGCUCCAUACCGCCAACCAGCAAUGUCUAACAACCAUUGAUCUCUCGGGUAAUACCCAACGUGGAUGCAGUGCCUCCUUGGAGUGUGAUGCCAGUAACCCUAGGAAGUGUCAGCUCUGCUCUGGAGCGGAUUGCAAUACCGCAAAUCUGAAGAGGGUGGAGGAUGGCCAGCCGGGUUUGUGGGGUCAAGAGUUGCCCCUCAGCUGUCAGAGUUGUGCGGACGCCACCAGUUGUGCCGCCACCGACCUAUCGAAUAUUACCUGCUCCAGCGAAUCGGAAUACUGUGUGACUGUAUUCAGUGCAAACGGAUCUGUGGCCGCCAAGGGAUGCAGCCAGGUGGUGGAACAAGCCUGGGGCACAUACUGUGAUGCCAAUGGCGAAAACUGUCACAACUGCAACUCGAAUGGUUGCAACAAGGCCAGCUCCCUGGCUAGUUACAACGAAUGCAUCUACUGCGACUACGACAACGAAGAUUGUGCCAGUAAUCCCGAAAAUGUGAAGUCCCGACGCCUUUGCAAUGGUCAGUGCAUGACUGCCUCCCGUAGGAGAUCGAGCGAAAGUAUCGUAUACGACACCGUUCGAGGAUGCUUGGAUGAUAAGGAUCCUGAGGAUCAGGCGACCUGCAUUGCUGGCACCGACAACAAUUGCAUUGCUUGCUCUGGAGCCAAUUGCAAUGUUGACGAUAUUGAUGAAACCACUUUGUCCUGCUACCAGUGCUCUGGUGAAGAGUGCAGUGAUCCUGAGGCUAGUAAAUGCAGUCAGUACAGCCCCGAGGAUCGUUGCUAUAUUCUUUUCGACUACGAAGCGGAUAUCAAAGCCAUGGGUUGCAAGUCCGAUCUUGAUGAAGAGUAUGUGGACGAUAACUUCCACUCUCUUCUGUUCUGCAACGAAAGCAACUGCAAUUUCUUCGAUAAUCUGCCUACACCACAAGAAUGCAUCGCUUGCGAUUCGUCUGAAGAUCCCAACUGUGCUACGGAUCCCUCAAAGAUCACUCUCAUAGGACAUUGUGGAAUCUUGCCCUAUUCUAGCUGCCAGACACGUGUCAGAGAUGGCAUAACCCAGCGUAGUUGCCUUAGCAGUUUGCCCCGCGAACAGUUGGAGGAGUGUCUUGCCGGCACCGGAACCUGUACGGUAUGUGAAGGCGAUCGCUGCAACGUCGACAUAUAUCCCGCAGAUCGUCGUCGCUGUCAGCGGUGCAACUCCCUCACCGAUCCCACCUGCGAAUCCGCACCCGAUGCUGCUGAGCCGUGUCCCUUCUAUCUGGAAAGCGAAGGAUGCAGUGUCAAGUUGGUGGAUGGGGUAACCUAUCGUGGCUGCCAGCGGGAGUUCACCUGCGACGAUUCGGACAAACAGCACUGCCGUUUGUGCUCAGGCAAGGAUAACUGCAAUGUGGUCGAUCUGUCUAACUCCUACAUUGGAUAUCCGGGCAAGUUUUCCACUCCGCCGGUUAAUUGCUACACCUGCAAUGGCACUGAAUGCCAGGGAUCGAGUGGGACCUUGCGCAAGUGUACGGGAAAUGAUCAGCAAAACUGCGCCACUGUUUUCGAUGCCUCUGGUUCGGUGAUCCACCGAGGUUGUUCAGACACUCUCUACGCCGACGAGGAGCUCCUCCAAUUCUGCGAUGAGAACUCGGCCAACUGCAAGUUCUGCAAGUCCACGGGCUGCAAUAACGCCACGGACUUGUCCUCCUAUGUGGACUGUCUGUUCUGCGACGGAGGCGAGGAGGCCAAUUGCGUCCGAAAGGUGGGAGAUGUCACGCGGACUUUAACCUGCCAGGGAAGCUGCUUCACUGGUCUAUAUGCCCGCAACCGAUCCGAUGCCAAUCCCGUUUACGAUCUGGCUCGUGGUUGUCUGGAUGAUCUCGAGUACGACGAUCGUGAGGCCUGCGCUGCCGGCACCCUGGAGAACUGUGUUUCCUGCUCAGGUGCCUCGUGCAACGAGGCUGAUGUGCCGGUGAAUCGCCUCAGCUGUAAUGUCUGCCAGGACUCUGAAUGCGAAACCAUAACCAGUGAGGUAUGUCUGGGUUAUCGGUCCGACGAACAGUGCUACAUACUUGUGGGCGAUCAGAGCAUCAAGGCCAUGGGUUGUGCCACCGAUCUGCAGGAGACCUACUUGUUCAGCAACCGCAGGGAUUUGUAUCUCUGCUCCGGUAACGAUUGCAACACCAAGGAUAAGCUGAAUACGGUUGGCGUUAGCUGUAACACCUGUAAUUCCACUUAUGAUGAUGGCUGUGUAAGCGGUGUUGGAUUAAAUGCAGGUGUCUGCCAGCACUACAUCAAUCCUGAAUGCUACAGCUAUUUGAAUGAGGAUGGUGUUUUGCUCCGUGGUUGCCUAAUGGAUACGGAUGAUGACCUCUUUGAUGAAUGCAAUAGUUCUGGCAGCUCAAACUGCACUAUUUGCAGCACGAAUAACUGCAACACUCAGGUUUAUCCCGCGGAUUGGUUGUCUUGCCUCCGUUGUGAUUCUUCCAGUGAUGCGGAUUGUGCCCUGAAUCCUUCGAGCUACUCCAGCUAUUGUCGCACCUAUUCCGAGGACGAUAGCUGUGUCACUUCUCUGACCAACGGACGCACACGUCGUGGCUGCCAAUCGGAGCUGAAGUGUGAUGCAUCCCAGGCGGGCAGUUGCAGGGUUUGCUCCGGCGCAAACUGCAACGUUGUGGAUCUGCAAUCUAGCUAUGUUGGUGAGCCAGGAAAGUGGCAGGACCUUCCAUUGAGCUGUUACGAUUGUGGGGAUGCGGCAAGUUGUGCAACCGUUGGUACCGAAACCACCAAAUGUGAGGGCAACAACAAGCAGACCUGCUCCACGGUCUUCAAUUCCCAGGGUCAGGUGGUGGCCAGAGGAUGCAGCGAUGCUGUCCAGGCUGCCAAUGCGGACUACUGCGAUUCGAACAGUGAGAACUGCCUUCAGUGCAAGUCGGAUGGUUGCAAUAGCGCCGUGUCCUUGGACUCCUAUGUGGAUUGCUACUUCUGUGAUGCCGAAGACGAUGUGAACUGUGCGUGGGAAAAGCCGGAGACGACCAGAAAGUGCCAGGGUCAGUGCAUGACGGGAUUGUAUCCUCGCAGCUCCUCCUGGGACUCAGCUCUUCUGCCCACUCGAGGUUGCCUGGACGAUCUGAAUGAAGCGGAGCGAACUUCUUGCGCCGCAGGAACCCAUGCCAAUUGCACUGCCUGCACAGGAUCACUGUGCAAUGGAGACGACGUCAUCGCGAACCCACUUGAGUGUUAUACUUGCAAGGAUCCUCUCUGUGAGGACCUGACAACCGAGAAGUGUGUGGCCUACAGGGAAGAUGACCAAUGUUACUUGGCCUAUGAUAGUUCCGACGUGGUGGCCAUGGGCUGUGCCAGUGACUUUGAAACUCAGGUUAUCAAGGAGCUGGUGGCCCAGCAGCGAUUGCUCCUUUGCUCAGGACAGAAAUGCAACGAAUACACGAUCACCCCCGAUCCCAAUACUUGUCUGCAGUGCACAUCCUUGGAUGAUCCACGUUGUGCCACCAAUCCGAACCAGCUGCUCACCACCGACAUAUGCGCCAAGUUGCCGUACACGGAGUGUGUGACCCAGAUUGAUAGCAGGGGCAACACCAUUCGCGGAUGCCUGUCCAGUUUGGCUGGCGGAGAAUUCUACGAGUGCCUGACUGGCGAUGGAGAACUCUGCGAUACUUGCACCGGAGACCGUUGCAACGGCCUGUCCGUAUUCCCAGCGGAUCGUAGGAAAUGCUACCAGUGUGACUCAUCCAGUGACCCCAAUUGUGCCACCUCUCCAGCCAGUCUCACCAGCACAGUGUGCCCCAUUUACUCGCAGGACGAGUCCUGUGUGACCACCUUGUCCGAUGGCAUCACGCACAGAGGCUGCAGUUCCUCGCUCACCUGCUCGGAUCCCUCGGAUCCAACCACCUGCCGCACUUGCAGUUCCGCAGAUGGUUGCAACACCGUGAACCUGGAGAGGAUCGACGAGGAAGGAUUGCCUGGCAAAUGGCAGACUGUGCCCAUUAAGUGUCUGACUUGCUCGGGCACGGCUUGUGCCUCUGGUGGAGGCACCCUAACCGAAUGCUCGGGAUAUGAUAACUGCGUGACCGUAUUCGAUGCCACCGGAGCAGUUAGCCAAAGGGGUUGCUCGGAGCCGGUGUUUGAGAGCUCCACCUACUGCGACGAGAAUCCCGCCUCCUGUCCCCGCUGCAAUUCCAAUGGCUGCAACACCGCCGACUCCACCGAUUCCUAUGUUGAGUGCAUCGUUUGCGAUUCCAGUGAGGACUCGCAGUGUGUCAGUAGUCCCACCCAGAUCACAAAGACACGCAAGUGCAAUGAGCGUUGCGUCUCGGCCUUCUUGCCGCUCUUCAACGAAACUGAGGAUCCCAGCUAUGCGCUGGUCCGCAAUUGCUACGAUGAUCUGGAAAAGGAGGAUCGUGACGCGUGCACAGCCGGCAGCAAGAGAUUCUGUGCCACUUGUGAAGGUGCCAAGUGCAACUCCGAGGACUUGGUGGCCAGUCGGCAUAGCUGUUUGGUCUGCCAGGGCGAUGAAUGCCAGAAGCCAGAGGCCAGCAGUUGCUCGAAUUACAGGGAGAACGAUGAGUGCUACAUCCAAUUCGAUGAGGAGCGAUCGGUGUCUUCGCUGGGUUGCCUGAGUGAACUGAGCCACGAGGAUAUCUACCUGUUGAGACGCUCCAAGAGACUGCUGACCUGCAGUGAUAAGGAUUGCAAUACCAUCGAAUCCCUGCCGGAAACACAGAGUUGCACCUUGUGUAGCUCGCGUACCGAGGCCAAUUGUGCAAUUAGUCCUUCAAGUGUGACCAGCGCCACUAAUUGUGCCCUGAGCGGCUUCCCCGAAUGCUAUUCCCGCGUCCUUUCCGAUGGAAGCACCGAGAGAGGUUGCACCUCCAGCUUGGAGGACGAUGAGUUCCUCUCGUGCUACAACGGCACCUCCACCUCGUGUAACUCCUGCCAGGGAAGUGGUUGCAACCAGCUGGUGUACCCCAGCAACCGUCGAUCCUGCCACGUUUGCAACUCUGAGUCGGACCUUAACUGUGCCUCCAACCCCAGUAGCCUUACCGUGUGCUAUCUGUACGAAGCAGAUGACCAAUGUGUGACCAAUCUGAGGAACGGAGUGACCUACAGGAGCUGCUCCUCCUCGCUGACCUGCGAGGCGAAUGCCAAGACCUGUGUCUACUGCGAGGGCGAUGGCUGCAAUCAGGUCGACUUGGCCGCGAAGUCCGAUGAUAACUAUGGCAAGUGGCAGGACCUGCCCUUGGAGUGUCUCACCUGUGAGGGCACCAGUUGCCAGGAGGAGGAUGUGCCCGCGGUCAAGUGCCAGAGCAACAACGAGCAGGACUGUCUGACCGUUUUCGGAGCGGAUGGCUCGGUCACCAGACGUGGCUGCCAGGAUGAGAUCGAAGCGGAUCCCACCAUCGCCACGUACUGCGGCUCCAAUGCCGGAAGCUGUCCCACCUGCAAGUCCAACAGCUGCAACAAUGCCACCGAUCUCAGCCAGUACACCACCUGUAUUUACUGCGACUCCUACAAGGAUUCCUCCUGCCUGUGGGAUCCCACGAGCACCACUCACAGGACUCGUCAGUGCCAGGGACAAUGUAUGACUGCUCUGUACGGUAGCUCCGAUUCCGGACUCGAUCUCAUCCGCACUUGCUUGGACGACAAGGAGCCGUCUGAUCAGCUGGUCUGUGCCAGUGCCAGCGAUUCCAGUUGCUCCGCCUGCAGCGGUGACUCCUGCAAUGUCCAGAGUUUGCCCGAGGAUCGCCUGAGUUGCUACACCUGCGAGGGCGACGAUUGCGAGGAUCCGCAGCCCAAGACCUGUGCCAUCUACAAGCCCGAGGACAGUUGCUUCCUGUGGGUGGACGAGGACAACGACCUGAAGCAGCUCGGCUGCCUCAGCUCCUUCCGCAACCAGGACCUCGAGUCCAUUAUUAAGACGAAGCGCAUUGCCGUCUGCAAUGGCACCAACUGCAAUGUUCCCCAGCUCCAAUCUUCGGUGCAAUGUGCCGUCUGCGAUUCCCGCGAGGAUCCCACUUGCGCCACCGAUGCUCAAUCCGUGGGCAGCAUCUCUCUCUGCAACCAGUUGCCCCACACGGGAUGCUACACCAAAUUGGAGGAUGAUGGUUCCACCAACCGUGGUUGCCUGUAUGACCUGGGCCAGUCUGAAUUUGCCGCCUGUUUGCUAGGAAGCGAUGACAAUUGCACCGUGUGUUCCGUUGAUGGUUGCAAUCGAGAGAUUUUCCCUGCGGAUCGUCAACUGUGCUACUCCUGCACCUCCGCUGAUGAUGGCAGCUGUGAGUCGGAUCCCUCAUAUAAGUUGGCCUGUCCGUGGGUCAGCGAAACCGAGACCUGCAAGACCCUACUCUCCGGAAAUGUGACCACCCGUGGAUGCAGCAGCUAUGUGGAGUGCGAUUCGAGCGAUUUCCGCAAUUGCCGCAGUUGCUCCGGCAGCGAGUGCAACGCCAUCGAUUUGGCCAACCGCGUGGACGAUGGUCAGCAUGGAUUGUACCAGGAUCUUCCACUGAAGUGUCACUCUUGCGUCGGCGAACAUUGUCUGGUUUCCUUGGGACCUACUGUCACUUGCUCCGUGAAUAAGGAACAGGACUGUAAGACCGUCUUCGCGGCGGAUGGUGUGUCUGUGAGGAGGAGAGGUUGCUCGGAUGACGUGGAUGACUACGAAGAUCGCUAUUGCCGCCAGAAUCCCGAAUUGUGCUUCACCUGCAAGUCCAAUGAGUGCAACGAUGCCUGGUCCACUGAGGAGUUUGUGACCUGUACCUUCUGCAAUUCGGCGAACAACGAGACCUGCAUCACUGAUCCCACGGAAUCCGACUUGGCCAAGCGCAGCUGCAAGGGUCAGUGUAUGGUGGCUUUGAAUGGAGAGGAUUUGAUUCGAUCCUGCCUGGACGACAAGGAGCUGUACGAUCGCUCCGAUUGCAGCAGCGAUGAGAGCGGUAUUAACUGUGCCUCCUGUUCCGGUGCAAACUGCAACACCUUCUCGUAUCCCGCCGAUCGACUGAGUUGCCACACCUGUGCGGAUGCCACGUGCUCGAGCAGCAAGUCGCAGGCUUGUUUGGCCUACAGGUCGGAUGACUACUGCUUCGCCAAGUACGCACUUGAAGGCGGAGUGGAACUGAUGGGAUGUGCCAGUAGCCAGAAUAGCUCCAGCCUGGAGGGUUGGCAGGAUGCCAAUCAGUUGUACUCCUGCCAGGGAAGUGGGUGCAACGAUCUCAGUCGACUGCCCAGCGAUGGCGAGUGUCUGUCCUGUGAUUCCAGCAAGUCCUUGGAGUGCGCUCAGGAUCCCACGGGUGUGAUUGCCACCAUCACCUGUCAUGCCCCCAAUUCCGAUUGCAUAACUCGUUUGGAGGAUGGCCAUACGAUCCGCGGUUGCAAGAGCGUGCUGAGCAACUCCGACAGUGAGAGCUGUGUGGCUAGUGGCACUUGUGCCGUGUGCUCCGGAGCCAAGUGCAACACCGAGAUAUUCCCCUCGAACCGACGUCGCUGCCACAUCUGCAACUCCACCGCAGAUCCCAAUUGUGCCAAGCAGCCCAACAGCCUGGCCGUGUGUCCUGUCUACGCAGCGAAUGACGGAUGUGUGACCUCCUACAACAAUGGACUCCUGCGACGUGGAUGCGCCAGCGAAUUGGAGUGCGAGAUCGACAGCGAGGAUCACUGCCAGAAGUGCUUCACGGAUGGUUGCAACACGGCCGAACUCACGGGCUCGGCGGGCGGACUAUCCGGCAUCGGCCUGGGUCUCACCAUCCUCCUCGCCUGGCUGAUCAGCUCUAUUAAGCACCUGUAGGUCUUCCAGUUCCAUAUCCCCCAUCUAGUUAAGUAGAUUUAUAUAGAGUACGCUUAUGUAAUUAGAUUGCUGUGCUGAAGGCGAUGGGCCGUUCCGACCAAUCGCACGAUCUACAAACGAUUUGUAAAUAAACCAAAUGACAAUUUCGAACAA